AUGGCUCCAUAUGAGGCUCUGUAUGGCAGAAAAUCUCAAUCUCCGUUGUGUUGGUAUGAAACUGGAGAAAGGAGUCUAUUAGGGCCUGAGAUGAUAGCUGAAAUGACUGAGCAGAUAAAGAAGAUUCGUAGUCGAAUGCUUACAGCCCAAAGCCGCCAAAAGAGCUAUGAUGACCAGAGGCGAAAGCCUUUGGAAUUUGAAGAAGGAGAACAUGUCUUUCUGAAGGUUAUACUAACCACUGGGGUAGGAAGAGCUAUUAAGACUAAGAAACUGAAUUCCUGUGAUAUUGGACCGUUUGAGAUCCUGAAGAGAAUUAGGCCAGUGGCUUAUAGAAUUGCCUUACCACCGUAUCUUUCAAAUUUGCACAAUGUGUUCCAUGUGUCACAGCUUAGGAAGUACACUCUUGAUGCAAGUCAUGUUCUGGAACCAGAACCAAUCCAAGUGAGAGAAGAUCUAACACUUCCAGUAAUUCCAGUGAGAAUCGAUGAUACUAAUAUUAAACGAUUACGCGGAAAGGAAGUAUCAUUGGUAAAAGUAGCUUGGAGUCGAGCUGGUAUCGAGGAACAUACAUGGGAGCUCGAAUCAGAUAUGCAAAAGGACUGUCCACAUCUCUUUUCAGAAACGAAGCUUUCAGCUUCCAGGGAAGGGAAGGAUGAGAACUUCGCCGAAAACCCUUACGAUGGUUCCGAUCCCCGUAACUUCUCCGUCCGAGCUCCGAUUGCCGCACCGUUUGCAGCCACGCAUCCACCGCGUCGAGCUCUAAAUUUCUACCGGAACAAUUUUACUGGAUCCAAUUAG